AAGGAACAGAUCAUGACGACAAACGUGUGGGUUGAACAGUAUUGGGAAGACUACAAACUUCGAUGGGAUCCAAGAGAAUACGGAGGAGUAGAUAUGCUACACGUACCUUCUGACCAUAUUUGGAGACCUGACAUUGUUUUGUAUAAUAACGCUGAUGGAAACUUUGAAGUGACGUUAACCACGAAGGCCCAGGUAAACUACAGAGGAGUAAUAGAAUGGAAACCACCUGCCAUCUACAAAAGCUCAUGUAUCAUAGACGUGGAAUACUUUCCAUUUGAUAAACAAACCUGUGUGAUGAAAUUUGGAUCUUGGACGUAUGACGGCUUUAAAGUGGAUCUUCGCCACAAGGAAGAAAUCCAGGGAACUAACCGGGUAGAAAUUGGCAUUGACUUGAGUGAGUUCUACCUGAGCGUGGAGUGGGACGUUCUAGAAGUACCAGCUGUUCGGCACGAGAAGUAUUACACGUGCUGCGAGGAACCCUACAUCGACAUCACUUUCAACAUUAGCAUGCGAAGGAAGACGUUGUUCUACACCGUCAACCUGAUCAUUCCGUGCAUGGGGAUAUCUUUUCUGACCGUCUUGGUGUUUUAUUUGCCCUCGGACAGCGGGGAGAAGGUCACUCUCAGCAUCUCCAUCUUGCUGGCUCUGACCGUGUUUUUUCUUCUUCUUGCCGAAAUAAUCCCGCCCACAUCGCUGACCGUGCCUCUGUUGGGCAAGUACCUGCUCUUCACCAUGAUCCUCGUCACUCUUUCCAUCUGCGUCACCGUCGUCGUGCUUAAUGUACACUUCCGUACAAGAUCCACACAUCGCAUGAAGCCUUGGGUGAAACGGGUUUUCAUGCACGUGCUACCCAGACUUCUCCUUAUGAGAAGACCCUCUGACAAUUCCUCCGAAUCCAGAAAAAUCAUGGUCCGAACAUGCAACGGAACGGAACUGCGUGACUAUAGUUCUCACAGAAAUAGUUAUGAUGCUGAAUAUGAAAACGAACUGAAUUUUACUGGAUGUAGAAUACAUGGCCCCGCUGCUCGCACUUACGCGCCUGUGGGAAGUCCAAUGACGUCGGAACAGGCGAUGAAUCAGGAGCAGGAGAGACCCCUACAGGGAGCACGAAGAUUACGUUUUUGUCCGGAGUUCGAAAAAGCAAUGGAAUCUGUGCAUUUUAUAGCAGACCACACACGUAGAUAUGAAGAGCAUAUAUCUAUGAAGGAAGACUGGAAAUACGUUGCUAUGGUGCUGGAUCGUCUGUUUCUCUGGAUCUUUACCGUAGCUGUCCUUGUGGGCACGUGCGGCAUUAUUCUCCAUGCUCCAACACUCUAUGACAACCAAGAACCCAUUGACAUACAACUGUCAGAAGUUGCUAUGGCAACUAAACACCACAAGUUGUUUUACUCGUGAACUAACUUCGUAUUCAAAGGAAAUUUCAGGAACAAGUACUAACUUGUUCAUGAAUCUGAUAAAACAAACUACGUUACGAGCAAUAUAUCUGCCAAUGAACAUAGUAAAAAGUUUUAAAUCACGUUUUCUGAAGAUUUGGUAUGUAAAAAAUAACAAAAGAUGGAAGAUUUUAGACACCUCCGUUGUUAUUUGUUAUAGGUUUGUCCUGGACACGUAACCACUAUGUGAUGACAUGUUACGUUUACCAGGACUUUCAUAAACUUUUAGAAAUAACAAAGAUGUCUAAUGAAAGCCAUUGUUUUGUAACGUUUUCAAGAUAAUAAGUGUAACAAUCA